CUCAAGUAGGUCUGAGGAAGGAGAGUACUUUGAACCACCGCCCGGCUAACGCGCGGAGUUAAUACAAAUCGAACGCUCCCGUAGCUAACUGCGCCACAGGUGCGCAAAUAUUACAACGUUUGGUGAUGAACACGGAUCGAUUUCGCUCACAAAUACCGCAGUUUUUCAGAGUAACGUGACCGUCGAAAGGGGACGAAAACAACGAAACUGGAGUGAAAUGUUUCCAAACUGAAGAAAGUGAUUAUUUUAUUGUGUCUGUGUGGUCGUCAGGGCGGAGCGGGAAGAUGAGCCACCUAGCAAGAAUCCGCAGGCUAACAGCUAAAGGCGGCUACAUGCUAACGGUCGAGAGAAGAGAAAGGGUCCCAUGAUCUCUGCCGGCGAUGCCGAGUUCCCGCGGGAUUACCACACCCUGGCUGCUGGUGGCGGCCGCGGGGCCCGGCGGUUCCCCGACAACACCAACGGGGGGUUCACGUCGUCCUCGCUGGACCGCCGACACAACUCCGUGGCCGCCAAGAGCCUGGAGGCCCUGAACAGCAUCCACAAGGCGGACAUUGAACGCCAGCGAGACGCCCUUAUGGAUCUCCAGAAGAACAAGUUCUCCAACAGCCCGGGCAGCAUGUCGCACAGCUCUGCUGCUGCUGGGCGACAGCAACAACCAAACUACUGGAGCUUCAAGACUCGCACACCGCGUGUGACACGACUCAGCCCAACACAGCCGGCUCUUGCUGACCAGGCCAGCAGGGUAUCCUUUGCGUCAGCUGAAAAUCUGGAGACCAUGUCAGAGCCUGAUAUCCCCAUCGGCUUUAACCGGAUGAACCGGCUUCGCCAGAGCCUGCCGCUGGCCCGCUCAUCCAGCCAGGCCAAGCUGCGGGCGCCAGGGAUCUUGUUCCUCCAGCUUGGGGAGGAGACUCGCAGGGUGCACCUGACCCAUGAGCUGACCAGCCUGGAUACUCUGAGGGCCCUCAUUGUGCACAUGUUCCCCCAGAGGCUCACCAUGGCCAUGCUCAGAUCUCCCAGCACGGCUCUGCUGAUCAAAGAUGAGACCCGUAAUGUUUUCUAUGAGCUGGAGGACCCGCGGGAUGUUCAGGACCGCUGCGUAAUUAAGAUUUACUGCAAAGAGCCCAUCUACGGCACCUACCCCGGACACCACAACCCACACCUGGCUAACGGAGACCUGCGGAGAGAGAUGGUGUAUGCACCUCAGGAUUCUCCACCCAACCGCCGCCUCAGCAACCCGCCUAUGUCUUCCCAGCAUUCAUCUUCUGCCUCCCCUCAAGGCUCACCGUCUCGCGCCCGCCUCCUCUACAGCAGCGGCAGGCCUUCUUCCUACGCCGGGCCGCCCCACCACACCCACUCCCUGCCACACCCGCAUUCCCAGUCCCACCACUCCUCUCCCCACCAGCAACCACAGCUCCACCAACCCCAUCACACCCAGCAGGCCUUUGGUGCCUCCUCCAGCGCCAUUCUGGAGCGCAGGGACGUGAAGCCCGAUGAUGAAGUGGGGGGAUCCAGGAGCAUGGUGCUUCUGCGGGGAGACGAACGUGGAGGAGGGGGGAUCUACGCAGACCCCUACUCUCUGGGUCCAGAGACAAGUCGGCUGAGUCUCGCAGGAGGUCCUCACUCCCCUCUACCAGCCAGAGCAGACCCCUAUGGCUCCUUAUACCGCCGUGGAGGAGGGGGAGGCGGAGGAGGUGCUGGAUCAAUGCGUUCACUCGCUUCCUAUUCAGCAGCAGCUUUACAAGGAGAGUUGAUGGAAAGCAGUGCUCUGUACAGACCAGGAGGGCCACUUUACAACGAUGCCUACGCUGCGUCUGUGUUGGCCAUGGGACUGCGGGUGCCACCACCCUCCUCCCCGCAGAAGAUACCCGACAUGAGGGAUUCCUAUGCGGGCACAAUGCCUGGCCGAGGCUCGCCCGGGAGACAGAGUUUGAGGAGGGAUUCUGUGACCUCCUCUGUGUUUGGGGACAGUCCCAAAGCCCGAGGCCAGGGCUCAGGUUUGGGCCUCACCUCAGAGCAACUCUGCUUGAUGGCCGGUCCAGGAGGAGAGGGAGGGAGCGCUCCAGGCUUUGGAUCACCUCUGCUGGGAAAUGAAACGGAGACCAGGGAGCGCAUGGAGGCCAUGGAGAAGCAGAUAGCGAGUCUGACCGGUCUGCUGCAGAGAGUUCUGAGCAGAGCACCUGAGGCGGAAAGCCCGGAGAAGAUUGAGUCAGCCAGCGACUGCUCAGGAACUGACACUGGACGAACUAAAAAAAAGAAAGCUUUGACGCCGUCUGCUCCCUUGGCCCUGAUGCCACCUCCAUCCUCGGUGGCCAGCCAGCCUGUGUCAGUGUCCCGUCUGCAGAUGCAGCUCCACCUACAAGGCCUGCAACAGAACACCAACGCACUGCGCAAACAGCUGUCACAGCUACGCAACAUGCAGCUGGAGAACCAGGACUCGGUCCUGUCCCUGCUGAGGCAGACAGAGUCGGAGCUGAGCCUCAUGAUGCUGGAUGCCAUGCGCACACAGGAGGACCCGCUCCAGAGACAGCGCCUCCUAGUGGAGGAGGAGAGACUCAAGUACCUGAACCAGGAGGAGCUGCUCAUCCAACAGCUGCAUGACCUGGAGAAGUCGGUGGAGGAGCUGCAGAGGAACUCGUCAGUCAAUCAUGGCCUGGUGACAGAGCAGGACGUGGAGCAGAAGAGCAAAGAGCUGAGGAUGCUGGGAGAGACGCUCACUGAGCUCAAAAACCAGUUUCCCAGCCUGCAGAGUAAGAUGCGAGUGGUGCUGAGGGUGGAGGUGGAGGCUGUUAAGUUCCUAAAAGAGGAGCCUCACCGCCUGGACGCCCUGCUGAAGCGCUGCAACAACAUGACUGACACCCUGAGCAUGCUCCGCAGUCUCUUCUAUCCCUCCUGUAUGUACAGACAAGUCACCGAAGGUGUGUGGAAGAGCCCUGAAGACCUCUCCAGCCAAUCACAGAAGCGAGCAGAGGAUGUGAGUCGCAGCUCUGACCUGGAUAUCCUGAACAGUCCUCCUCUCAGCCUCACUGACCUGAGCACCAGCGCUGGCCUGGCCAACUGGAUGCCCGUGUCCGCUGGCGACGCCGACACCUCGGGCCCUGAGCAGGACAUCCAGCCUUCGAUGACCUUCAGAAACCGAGUCCUUGAUGAGCUGCCAAAUCGGCGUCCGGCCGAUAAGUCUGUCUCGGCCGAAGUCCGACUGGCGGCAGAGCGCGACUGGGAGGAGAAGCGUGCCAGCUUGACCCAGUUCAGUGCCCAGGACAUCAAUCGCCUGCUGGAAGAGACCCAGGCUGAGCUGAUGAAGGCCAUCCCGGACCUCGACUUCGCUGCCAGGCACAUCAACAAGCCGGCGGUGCCCCCCAAACCCCAGAUCACCAUCCCAAUAACCUCCACCACAGUUACUUCUCCAGCCGCUGGUACCACUGGCACAGCAGCCGCCACCACCACCACCUCCACCAGCAUGCCCAGCGGGGACCAGCAGCCUGGCAAAGUGCAGCUGGCUGCCCAGAAGCUGAACAGUAUGGAGGGGGCUGGUGCACAUCGGGGAUCGGUGGACCUCAGUGUGGCCAGGUAUCGUACAGAGAAACCCUCCAAGUCUCCGCCUCCUCCUCCACCUCGCCGGAGCUUCCCGUCAGCACACGGCCUCACAACCAACCGCACAGGGGAGGUCAUCGUCACCACCAAGAACCUGAAGAUGGAGGAAGACGGUGACAUGCCUAAAACUCUUGUGAAGCUGCGGCGGACCCCGUCUGACACGCCCAGACCCGCCUCGACUCCGCCUGUGAUCGCUGCGUCAGCCGUUCAAGACGAGGACGACGAAGAGAAGAUUAUUGCCGAGCUGGAGAUAUUUCAGAGAACGCCUGUAAAAGAUUGUAAUAAACACGACAGGACCCCACCAAAGGCCACCCCCACCCCAGCCUGCACCUGUGGGUCCCUGGGCAGAAAGAACAGCAGUAACUCUCCGGGGCCGAUGAAGGGCCCCACCGUCGCAGCCAGGCUCAAACACCUUCAGCAAGGCAGCCUCGAGAGGCCCAAAACCCGCAAGCAGAAAGAGGAUUUCCCCAAAGUCCAGGGCCAGCAGCAGCGCUGAGAUCUCAUCUCUGCUGCGUGUCGAGCUACAACAGAAACGCUGCUCAUCCUGCUGGCCUUUCACCAUCAGUUUCCCUUCACUGCUUCCUCUCACAUCAUUUUAGUCUGUGAGCCAGUCUUUCUUUCUUUGUUUUUCUCUCUUGCUUUGCUUUGUUCAUCCUCUGUCUGCUUCUCAGGUCUCAGCUGGACUUAAUGCGUGAGGAGCGAGUACUUGGACUCAUUCUGGCCUUGGACUCGGUCCUAAUUCAGACCUUGAAGGCGUCAGAUUUUGUCAUUUGUACGAUUUGUCCGACGAUCAGCUAGGAGUUACCAAAUUAUCACAGACAAGCAGGAAGUCAGCACAACAAUAACUUGCUUCUACGUUGGAUAUGGAUUCAUGCGUUUACAGCUUUGGACCUGCAGCUUGUAGUAGUGCAGGCAUCUCACUUCUAACGUCUGUGAAAAUCCAUCAUCCACCACAUCUAACAGUCCAACAUGAAUAUCUGUGUCCCAGUUCCACACUGCACACUAAUUUCAAGCACGUUUUGAGUCUGUUUACUCUGGAAAGGUGACAUUAUGAUGUGCAAAAUAUGCAACAAUUAUGGAAAAAUUAAAGGUACCUCGAAGAUUUAUUGUUGCACUUUGGUAAAGUUGGGUCACUGGGGUUGGGUCAAGAAGAUGCAACUCGGUGACAUAUUUUCAUUGAGCACCCAGUGUCGAUUCAGAACUGCUUGUUGGAUGGUUGAAAAGCUUCAGAGCCCAAAAGCCACACCGACAUCUUUAAAAUGUCAAAGUAACGGGCGGGUGAGCUGCUUUGUUUCUGUAACUAACCGAAGUAAACGUUCACACAGACUUUGGGCGAGGUGAGGAAGCAGCCGAGGUCUGACUGUCACUUUCAGCUUUUUCUCACGUUUCGUGCGAACAGGCGAGUGAAACGUCUUUGUGGCGAGACAGUCUGAAGAAGUCCCUGCUAUUCCCGUGUCUUGACGAAAUCACACCUCCUCCCCCUCUGUGGUCGCAGGCCCGUAACCGUUAUGAGCAGAAUUCGAGUUAACCACAAUGACGACAUCAGGGGUUGUUUCCUCAGACUUGACAAAGCUUUUUUUAGCUUUCGGGGAAGCUUUUUAUGGCUUUAUCAGAGAGUUGACAGAAGAGAUCUGACAGGAAAUGAGGGAGCGCGAGAGAUAAGAAACGUCAUGUUGGAAAAGUACUGGGGACAUUGAGAUUACAUUGUUAGCUUACAGGGUGUUUAGAAAAAGUGAAAAUGGUGUGAUUUAUAUGUUUUACUUCAGGUACAAAUGACUCCGCGCGAUACAGGAAGCCCAGUUUGAGCAACAGAUCCAGGAGUUUGACAGUUUAUCCGAGGCAGCAGUUAGUUUUAAAAGUUUUCUCCGCCAUCAGGUCAGAAAUACGCUGCUCGUGCCAUCGUGCACGUGUCUGAUUGGCUGUUUUUAGCUGUAGUCCAUUUGCAGUAGCAGUGGGGACGUUAAGUGGUCCGACGUGUCCCGGUACAUUCUGGUUGUUGAUUGAAGGUUUUCUGUCCUUUGAACAAGGUGGAGUAUCACAGCAUUUUUUCUUUGUUUUCUUCCGUCGUAAAGCAUCUGCUGCACAGUCAACCCAGUUUUAUGAAAAGACUUUCCAGCUGUGAAAUACUUCUUUAACGAAAGUAGAAACUUCGUUCUACGACGGUGUGCGAUUAGCAUGAAGUAUGAAAGUGGGACACAGACGAUAUUCACCUUUCAAUUCUUCCACAACGCGUUUGUUCUCCAAGACGUGUUUGUUGUAAACAUUAAGUGAAACACAACUGGAAGGUUUAAAGCACAGAACAGUAAAGAGCUGAACUGAAAGGUUUUCAGGGUGAAAUAUUAAAGUGUGACGUGAAACACAUCUAAAACGACAAGUUAAAUAAUCCUGCCUCUUGGCUGUCUGACAUUGUGCUGGAGGGAAGUACUAAUCUCCCUCUGUGAGCGUGUAUUUAUACCACUGGCAGAAUUUAAAUUUCAAACGGAUGCUUCAGCAUAUAGUUAAUACAUUUAUGGAAUGUAUUAGUAGUCUCAGAAAUAGCAUUAAAAGCUAGCACGAAAAUAGACAAAAACGCAGUUAAAGUAUAACCUGAAUCACAUCACAGAUAUAUUGUAUGUAUAUUAAAGGACCAUUUAGUUUUUUGUUUUGAAGAAAUCGCUUUAUUAACAUGUAAAAAAGAAAAGUAUCAUCUAUGUUUUGUAUAAUCAAGCUUUUUUUGUAUUUUUAUACUUGAAGAAGAGGAUUCAUAAGCAUGUAACACAUUUAUUCUGUAAAUUAUUAUUUUUCUGCAUUAAAGAUUUUUUAUUUUUUUUCUGCCAAUCAUAAAGCCACACUUUGUUGUAGAGGACCAGUCAGUAGUGGGAGGUACGCCAGAUGGUUGUGACGGACUGAACGGUGUAAAGUACCACCACCUUUAUGAAAAGCACAUCCUCCUUCCUCUGAAACGAUCACCUCGCCGAUAGGACGCCCCAUUUUGUAGCCGUUUUCCCUCUUAUUAUAACCAACGGUGUGCGUACACGACUCAGUUUAAACUCUAUUGAUGGUUUCUUGAUGAACGUGUGAUUGUUCAGACCAUUUGUGGAUGUUCAAACUUGUAUAUAAACCCAAAUAGUAUAUUACAAAUUGAUUGAUUUUAUGUGAAUUCUUUUUUUAUUUAUUCUUUUUUUUUUUUUUUCAAACAAGAAAAAAAAAUCCAAAAUGGCAUGCAUACUGUAAACAUUCCUGAAAAUCUGCACGCUGGGUCAACAAAGGUCUCAUUUUCUUGUCAAUAAUUCUGUGUAUACUUGUGAGUGUAUGAUAGAGUAAACAAAAAUUGUACAGUAACAUAGAUUUUUGUAUUAUGUUCAAAAUGGGUCGAUAAAGCCCCUUUUACUGUGAGAAUCAAGAAAACAAAAAAGAUUAUUCUAACUACUGAGAAAGAUAUUUGAAUGAUAUUGUAUACCAACUCAAUAAUGUUCCUCCAGUCUGAGAGUGAUGCUUGCUGUGUGGGGUAAGUGUUGUUUGUGAAUUGUGAAGAAGAAUGAUAACCUUCUACAAAGUCAGUAUAACUUAAGACCAACUAAACAAAACGUGCAAAACAUCACGCAACUUUGUGUAUGGAAAGUAAAAGUUGCUGCUUCAUGUGAGAAAAAUCAACCAGUCAAAAGGUUGCUGCUUUUGUACGUUCCUGUUGUGUUUUUGUGACAAAUAAAGGUGACCCUCUUAUACAC